AUAUCUAAUACUGUUUGUCACUACUCCCUCAUCACCAUCACCAAAUCAACACCACAAACCAAAGAAAAAAUAACUCACUAUUAUAAUCAAUGACCUCUCACUAAGCUCCCAAAACUUCCAUUUUUUCCCUCCCAUCUUUAUUUCAUACAUAUUAUCAACUUCCAAAGUUCCAACUUCCCUCAUUCUCUAAAUAAGCUAUGUCCUAUAAUUGCUUCUUCAUCUUGUUUACUCUUGUUUACAUCACCAAUCUAACUGUAAUACCUGCCAUUCCAGUUAUACCCGACCCAACUAACUCCAAUCCUCAAACAUCCUCACCAGCCCCUUCACAACCAGCAACAAUCCCUGCUUUUCCAGAACAGUCAGACAUUGCCAGUUGUCCAUUAGACAUACCAGAAGAGCUUUACAAAGGGAUAAGAUCAUCCUGUAGGUCCAAUGAUGAUCAUUCGGGUCAAAUAAACCCGACCCGUUGUUGUCCGGUUCUUGCUGCAUGGCUUUACUCAGCCUACUCAAGAACAGCACUUCACAAAGCCAUUGCAAAGUUCCCACAAUACUCAUCAACUUCAGUUGAAAUGCCUGUACUACCUGAUGAUUCUGAGACAUGUGUGAGUUCUUUUGGAAAGGCUUUGGAAAAUAGAGGAAUUGAGUUAGUUAAGCCCAAUGAGACUUGUGAUGUUGUUUAUUGUUACUGUGGUAUUAGGCUGCAUCCACUUAGCUGCCCGGAAGAAUUCGUGGUGAAUUCGAGUGGUGAAUUGGUUGGUGGUGAGAGUGUGAAGAGAUUGGAGAAAGAUUGUAUGAGCAGUAAUGGAUAUGCUGGCAUUGCUGGUUGUUCCAAGUGUUUGAGCAGUCUUUAUUUGCUCAGUGACAGCAGACUGGAAAAUGCAAGCAUUAAAAAUGAUAGGAGUAGCAAACUGCGGAGCAGAGGUUGCCAAAUGAUGGGUUUAACUUGGCUUCUCAACAAAAAUACACCUGGUUAUAUUCAUACAGUUUCUUCUGUUUUAAGGGCUCUAAUGAUGAGCGAAGACGGUUCUGAUCCUCAGUCGUGCACGCUUAACAGUGACGGCUUGCCAUUUGCAGUCGACUCCUCAGAGAUCAACGAUCAAUCUGCUGCAACUUUUCUUCAGGCAUCGGUUUAUUGUUACCUCCUACCAUUUGUUUUGGCAUCCAUAAACACCAUUGCAUUGUUAUCAAAAUAUCACUGUUGUUGAUCUCCAAAGACUUGUUCCUUGUACUUGAAAAAUACUUCCUGUUUCAAUGGUCUCCUAUAAAUCUGUUCCUCUGUGUACGUUGGCUCAGGUUCGCGAAAUUGUAAUUAUUUUGAUUGUGUAAGACUGUUGAGAAAAGAAUGAAGCUGCCAUAGUACUCUAGCUAGGAUUCUAGUUGUUCAUUGGUAUUUGUUAAGUGUAUAAAACUCAAGGGACAAAAGGUAGUACAGAUUUACUGCUCUUUCUGGAAUUUGGCAUCAGUA